ACUGCGGCUGUUUUGAAUAGUUUGAUAACCUGUGGUUUUGACAAUAAAAUAACCCCCCUGAGGGAUGUUCUGUGGUUUUGACAUUGAGUAUUUGUUUUGCAUGGUCUUCAAGUCUUGUUCUAUGAAUUAGUUCAAAAUGCUUAAAACUGUGCGAUGGUGUGUGCAAAGAGGGCUUAGAACUAUUGCGGCCCGGAGCCCCACGACCUCUGAGCUAGCAAGUGUAAAAGACAGUGGCCAAAAUGCCGACAUGGAAAAUGAACUCGAAGUAGCCCCGCAGAGAACGUCGGUGCUGGACCCCAUUUCUGAAGAUAUUUCGCAUAUUGGCAGCUACUUGAAGCCCACCUUCAACCUGGCGGCUUACGCGAACCGGUCGGAAGUGAUUCAGGAGUUUGUCAAGCUGGGGGUGAAUCUCUACUACAUUGAGAAGAAAAUUUCUGAAGCGGUGCCCUUGAUUUUGCGACUUAAAUUCGAGGAUCUUAGAGAGCACGUGCUGUUCUUGAACUCGCUAGGAGUGUCUUUUGAGGAUGUGGGCAAGCUGAUAACGAAAAAUCCUCUGAUUUUCAAAGAAAAGCUGGAGGACCUCAAGGUGCGAGUGAAUUAUUUAAAGUUCAAGCGGUUCAACGACGAAAUGAUUGCUAGGAUAGUUGCCAAGAACCCGUAUUGGCUGAGCUAUAGCACGCACGAAAUCGACCAUAAGUUGGGGUUUUUCCAAAAAAACUUCAAGUUGAAUGGAAAUGAAGUGCGCAGCGUGGCCGUGCAAAAGCCCCAGCUAAUCACCUUCGAACAGCAGCAUAUUACAGAAAACACUUUUGUGCUGAAAGAGGAAAUGGGCUUUGCAGACGAAGAACUCAAAAGCAUCAUCCUUGCCAAACCUCACAUAUUCAUGCAAGGAAAAUUCCGGCUACAGAAGUCCUUUGAGUAUGUGCACAACGUGAUGGGCAUCUCUCACGAGCAAAUCCUGCAAAACUCCGAAAUUCUGACCUGCCGGGCAUCACGGAUGAGGGAAAGGCAUCAGUUUCUGGUAAAGCUGAAGAGGGAUCAGUUUAAUGCGAAAGAACCCAACUACGUCAAUCUAGUCACCAUGGUGAAAGACCCGGAUGGGGUGUUUGCGACCGAAGUGGCGAAAAGCAGUGCCGAAGCAUACAACAUGUUUUUGAAGACUUUGUAGUUGUUUAGAGGAAUAUAGAUUGGACGCUACUGAGUGUAAUUAACCUGCCAUCACCUGCCCGAUUACAUUGACAGCCUAGAAAUCGGAAAAUUUACUGUGGACAAUGCUGCUAUUAUGGAGCCUUCUGCUGAUGGCGAUCAAAAUGGCGCUUAACCAGGGAGACUACGUGACUCCGGGCAACAUGCAGUUCCCCUUUGGCGACGAGAACCAAAUGGGCACCGAUGUGGCAGCCGACGAUACAAACACGGUGGUCUGCCGCGAGCGCAAAGAGUACGAGCCGGAGUUCGGCCGCUGCCCGUUUCCUCCCGCAGACCUCAAGCUGGCGGAUCCGUAUGUUCGCUGCCCUCAAUUCCCACCUGGGCCUCGAGUAGCGCAUGAGGAGGAAGAGAAACUGGCAUCCACGGACGCUUUGUGCAAACAAUGCGACGUGCAACUCACCCCCGAUAGAGCAGCCAUUAACUUGAAGUGUCUGGCCUGUUUGGACUUGCCCAGCCCUCACAGGAGUGCGAAUUUCACGGAAAAGGACGUGGCCUUCACGGCUUAUUAUGUGGAAAUUGCCAAUUACACGUCGGUGUUGGUUCAAGGGGCAGAGAAUUUUUGAUUAUAAAUGAUUGAGCAGCGUA